GGUUACAGGCUUGUACAUCACCCCGAAAAGGUUCCUUGUCUGCCUCUUUGUCUUAAUGCAAGACUCCAUCCUUCUUGCAUUGAAACAUCCGAAUAUUAAUUAAUUAAAUUGCUUUCAUCUUUGCUAGAUCCACCUCAUGUUCUCGAUUUUCCUCAAUAUUUCCACUCUUUUUUCAUAGUGAUUAUUACAGAUUUUCAUAACUAAUCCCCCCAUCUAGCAACUUCCUUCUAGUUAUUAUUAUUAUUAAGAUACAUGGAUCUCAAGUCUGAUCCAUCUAGCUGCUUUCUUCCCCGACGAAAAAUGUUCACUAAAUGCUUUCCUUGCUUCUUUAAAGAACAACCGGAGAUCAGGCCGAGUAAGUGUAGGGAUUAUCCAUGGGAAAUAUACACUCUCAAGGAGCUGGUUCAGGCGACGAACAACUUCCACAACGAUAACAAGAUCGGCGAGGGGGGAUUUGGAAGUGUUUACCGGGGAAAGACAAGUAAAGGCAUCGAGAUAGCGGUGAAAAGGCUGAAGGCGAUGACGGCAAAGGCAGAGAUUGAGUUUGCAGUGGAAGUGGAGAUAUUAGCGAGAGUAAGGCACAAGAACUUGCUGGGGUUGAGAGGAUUCUAUGCGGGUGAACAUGAAAGGCUUAUAGUGUAUGAUUAUAUGCCUAAUCAUAGUCUAAACACCCAUCUACACGGCCAACUAGCACCCGAUUGUCUGUUGGAUUGGAGAAGAAGAAUGAACAUAGCCACUGGAGCUGCUGAAGGACUUUUGUACUUGCACCACGACGCAAAUCCACACAUUAUUCAUCGAGACAUAAAGGCGAGCAACGUCCUUUUGGACUCAGAAUUCCAACCGAAGGUUGCAGAUUUCGGGUUCGCAAAGCUCAUCCCGGAUGGAGUGACCCAUAUGACCACAAGAGUGAAGGGAACGCUAGGGUACUUAGCGCCCGAAUACGCCAUGUGGGGCAAAGUCUCAGAGAGCUGCGACGUUUACAGCUUCGGAAUUCUUCUUCUAGAGAUUAUCAGUGCCAGAAAGCCCAUUGAGAAGUUUCCCGGCGGCGUCAAGCGCGAUAUUGUGCAGUGGGCUACUCCAUAUGCGGCCAAAAGCGCCUUUGAUCACAUUGCGGAUCCGAGGUUGAGAGGAAAGUACGAUAAGGCAGAGCUGAAGAGAGCCCUGGCGAUCGCCUUGAGAUGCACGGACGGCAGCCCAGAGCACCGGCCGAACAUGGUGCAGGUGGUGGCGUGGCUCAAGGAGACCACCGGCAUGGAGAGGAGGAAGGACGUGAGAGAAACGAAUGAUACAGUUGAUGACGACGAAGAGGAGUAAGAAAUUGGCUAGGAAUUAGUCGGGUUUUGACUCUGGCGGGGAGAUAUAUAGGUAUUGUAUAAUCAUCGAAGUUCUAAUUAAUUAGUGGUAGCUAGUAGUAUUAAUUAAUUUGAUAUCUUAAAUUUAAGUCUCAUAAACUUUGAUUGUUUCUCAAUUAGGUUUGAUCAAUUGAUAUUAUACACGUAUUAAAAGAUUUAAAAUUAAGAAAAGAUAUAUAGAAGAAGAUGUAGAUGAUGA